UGAAGAGCUCAGACCACACAUAUUCAUAUUACUUUUUUUUCAAUAACUUGCGCAUCAUGUUCACUAGAAUAUGUCUAUUGCCAUCUCUAUAUAUAGACAUUCUCUUUGUAUAUCCAUAUAUUCAAACCUCCUUCACUUCCCAUCAAUUUUCAUUUGAAAAAUUACCAAUGGGGAACUGCCUUCCUCAAAGCAAAGUUUUGCCCAUUAACACAACUUUUAAGCUUCCAUCUCCAAUUCCCACUUGGCCUCCAGGUGAAGGUUUUGGGAGUGGAACAAUUGAUCUAGGAGGACUUUUAGUAACUCAAGUUUCAUCUUUCACCAAAGUUUGGGCUACCUAUGAAGGUGGACCAAGGGACCUUGGUGCAACAUUUUUCGAGCCUUCGUCGAUACCAGAUGGAUUCUUCAUGCUUGGUUGCUACAGCCAACCUAACAACAAUCCACUUUUCGGGUGGGUUCUUGUUGGAAAAGAUGAUGACACAAGUAGUGAUUCGCAAGGCCAAGCUUUGAAGCAGCCAAUUGACUACACUCUGGUUUGGAAUAGUGAGUCAUUGGAGAUCAAGAAAGAUGGGGAUGGUUAUGUUUGGUUACCAACACCACCAGAUGGCUACAAAGCUGUAGGUCAUGUUGUCACCACCUCACCCGAGAAGCCUUCGCUUGACAAAAUCCGGUGUGUUCGUUCUGACCUAACCGAGCAAUGUGAGACCGAUGAAUGGAUUUGGGGAGAAGAUGCAGAGAGCAGCUCAGAUGGGAUUACUGUGCAUGGUUUGAGACCUAGCAAUAGAGGGACACAAGCACUAGGUGUUUGUGUUGGUACAUUUAUAUUCCAAGAUAGUGGGACUUCUUCUUCUACCACUCUGUCUCUAGAGUGUUUGAAGAAUAACAAGUUAAACUUGUCUUCUUGUAUGCCUAAUUUAAGCCAAAUCGAGGCGUUAGUUAAAGCUUACUCUCCAUGGAUUUACUUUCAUCCUAAAGAAACUUACCUCCCCUCUUCUGUGAACUGGUUUUUCAGCAACGGGGCAUUGCUGUAUAAACAAGGGGAAGAGUCUAAACCGGUUUCUGUGGAACCAAAUGGCUCAAACCUUCCUCAUGGUGGCUCGAAUGAUGGUUUAUAUUGGCUGGACCUUCCAAUUGAUGAGAAUGCAAAAGAUGCAGUUAUGAAAGGCGAGAUAGGAAGCUCUGAGGCUUAUCUACACAUCAAGCCUAUGCUCGGUGCAACAUUCACCGAUAUAGCUAUGUGGAUUUUCUACCCUUUUAAUGGACCUUCGACAGCUAAAAUCGAGCUGAUCAACGUUCCAUUAGGCCGGAUAGGGGAACAUGUCGGGGAUUGGGAGCACCUCACCCUAAGAAUCAGCAAUUUUAAUGGUGUGUUGAACAGUGUCUACUUUUCGCAGCAUAGUGGAGGGACAUGGGUUGAAGCUCCAUUGCUCGAGUUCCACAGUGGUACUAAUAAGGCCGUGGCAUACUCGUCACUUCAUGGACAUGCUAAUUAUCCAAAGCCAGGACUUGUGUUACAAGGAGGCCUUGGAGUUGGGAUUAGGAAUGACACCGCCAAAAGCAAGAUGGUGAUGGACACUGGGACUAGGUAUUCAGUGGUUGCGGCCGAGAAUCUUGGCGGGAAGGUUGUUGAGGAGCCACCAUGGCUGAACUAUGCUAGGAAAUGGGGACCGAAAAUUACAUAUGAACUCGGGGUUGAGGUCGAGAAGGUGGAGAAUUCGUUGAAUGGUCAGCUGAAAUCUGCAUUUGAGAGCUUGGUGAAUCUUCUGCCAGAUGAAGUGUUUGGAGAGGAUGGUCCUACUGGCCCCAAGAUGAAAAACAGUUGGUAUGGAGACGAAGUUUGAAGGGGUAAUUUAUUGGUGCAACAUUUGAUCUUGUAUUAUAUGUUUCCCUUUCUGUAUUUUGUUUUUUAUUGAUUUAUUCUAGACUAGGAUAAAUGUUACAUCUACUACAACAAUUCUAUUUAAUUGUAAUUCAAACAACUCUUCUUUUCUUUAUAUAACAUUAUACUUGUAGCAAGUAAUUAAUCAAACAUAUUGAUUUAAGGGCUGCAAUAUAUGCUUUUCUUGGUGUUACAA